UUGAGUGGCUGAUUAGUCCUCUCUUCGGCCACGAGUCGCCAGAGAAGACCACAGUAAUGCGAACAAUGAAGUGCGACGACCACUUUGAGUUCAUGUAACUUCGACAUUACAUUAUUUCGAACUUCUCGCUCUGUCACCAAACACUACAAAAUUCUCUCUGAGAUCUGUUAAUCCGAAGGAAGUGUAAAUGCAGCGGAACGCAAUUGGUAUGGGAAAAAGGACACUGGAGGGUGGGGAAGAUGAGCAGCCUGAAAGGAAGAGGCCUGCUCUUGCCAGCGUAAUUGUAGAAGCUCUCAAAGUGGACAGUUUGCAGAAGCUUUGCUCAUCAUUGGAACCUAUCCUUCGUCGAGUUGUUAGUGAGGAAGUGGAACGUGCGUUGGCGAAGUUAGGUCCUGCAAGACUGAGUGGAAGGUCCCCACCAAAAAUGAUUGAAGGUCCAGAUGGAAGAAACUUGCGGCUCCAUUUUAGAUCCCGGCUAUCUCUUCCUCUUUUCACUGGAGGAAAAGUGGAAGGCGAGCAGGGUGCAGCAAUUCAUGUUGUUCUGAUUGAUGCUAACACUGGAAAUGUUGUAACAUCUGGAUCUGAAGCUUGUACAAAACUUGAUGUUGUCGUCCUUGAAGGUGAUUUUAAUAAUGAAGAUGAUGAAGACUGGACGCAAGAAGAAUUUGAAAGCCAUGUGGUGAAAGAGCGUGAAGGUAAGAGACCUUUGUUGACUGGGGACCUUCAGGUGACACUCAAGGAAGGUGUUGGAACAGUGGGUGAGCUGACAUUUACUGAUAAUUCAAGUUGGAUAAGGAGCCGCAAAUUUAGGCUUGGCUUGAAGGUUGCCCCAGGUUUUUGUGAAUCCAUUCGCAUCCGUGAAGCUAAGACAGAGGCUUUCACUGUCAAAGAUCACAGAGGAGAAUUGUAUAAGAAGCAUUAUCCACCUGAACUGAACGAUGAAGUAUGGAGGUUGGAGAAGAUUGGAAAAGAUGGAUCAUUUCACAAGAAACUUAAUAGUAAUGGAAUAUUCACAGUUCAAGACUUUCUUCGACUUGUAGUCAAAGACCAACAGAAAUUACGGAAUAUCCUUGGAAGUGGCAUGUCAAACAAAAUGUGGGAUGCUCUCUUAGAACAUGCAAAGACAUGUAUUUUAAGCGGGAAGCUCUAUGUUUAUUAUCCAGAAGAUACAAGAAAUGUUGGUGUUGUUUUUAACAACAUCUAUGAGCUGCGUGGCCUUAUUUCUGGAGAACAAUUUUAUUCUGCUGAUUCUCUUUCUGAUAGCCAGAAGGUUUAUGUAGAUUGCUUAGUAAAGAAGGCAUAUGAGAGCUGGGAUCAAGUUGUAGAGUAUGAUGGCAAAUCAUUCUUACCUAGCAAUGAUUUAGAUCAUCAACAGCCACAGUCUGCCCUCCCCGUUACAGUGCCUUCUGAGCAGCAAUUUAAUUCAGGACUGCCUGUUGGAGGUUAUAAUGAUGGUCUGGCUAUCACAUACCCAAGUCAGCCCCUGAUUUCAAACUCCAACUCUCGGAACCAGUUUGACAGCAGUUCAUUUGUAUCUCAGGAUCAAUUACUCAGCAAUGCCCAUCAAGCACACAACUCCCGAAACGAUCAUGGUCCAGUUGGCUUGGCCCUUGGUCCUCCUCAGCCAUCAACAUCAGGGUUCCAUGCUGGAACCUCUUCAAUUCAGCCUUCAACUUUGAAUCCUUUCGAGGAGUGGUCUAAUAACAGGGACAGAGGGGUCGAUGAAUUCCUUUCAGAGGAAGAAAUUCGGAUGAGAAGCCAUGAGAUGCUGGAAAAUGAAGAUAUGCAGCACCUGCUUCGCCUCUUCAGCAUGGGGGGUCAUGCCCCCUUAAAUAUCCAAGAAGACGGCUAUGCAUUCCCGCCAUACGUGGCAUCACCCAUGCCAAACUUUGAUGAGGAUCGUGCUCGUCCUGGCAAAGCUGUUGUGGGAUGGCUGAAGAUCAAGGCAGCAAUGAGGUGGGGCUUCUUUAUUCGGAAGAAAGCAGCUGAGAGGCGGGCACAGAUAGUGGAGUUGGAUGAUGAAUAGGUUGUUUCAACGAUGAUCCUAGACUCUCACAAGUAGCCUUGAUAUCUCACUGACAUUGCAAAUUGUAGGUCCUCUUUCCAGUGCCAACAAAAUUGUGCAGUCCGAGUCUUCGCGACGCACAGGUCUUGAUAUCUGAUUAGGCAGAAGAUCUUUUUGUACAGUUUGCUGUACAGUAUGUUGAUGUUUACGAAAACCCUUGAUUGUUUUUUACUGUCUUGUCUUUGAGCUUGGGUUCCCUCCAGGUACGGACCAUCCUGGGUAGACCGCAUCCACGGAAGUUACCCUAUCUUGUGUUGUUUCUCGUGAUGGUCCAUGCCCAUGACCGUGAGAGAAUUCAACUUCUUUAUCUUUCUAUUGAGCGUUGGGUUUCAAGGAAUCUGUAUUUAUUGUGCGAACAUAUUCUAAUGUUUGAGGGGGUAAAUUGAAUCGGACGUCCCACAUUUAUUAAUGUAUAGGAAUUAUAAGCUACUUUAUUUCA